CUUAGAUUGAUGAGCAUCCCGGUUGCUGUACUGCUACUAUAAUUCGAGAACUUCCACUUGGAAAGAGAAAUACCAAUGAAAUAACGUAUAAGAAGAUAGGUGUAGAAGUUGAGGAGACUUUUGCUGCUUCAUUCAAUUUUUGCGAAUUCUUCUGUGAGACAUAACAUUCCACGAAACAUUGAUCCGACUUGAUAGAUGGGCAAAAAUAAACGACAAGCGAGGAAACAUUCGAAUCAUCACGACAAUCCGAGUAAACCCAAGUCUACAAUUAACAGGCGACAGCAUAGCCAGCUACCACCCUCAAAGUCGAACAAGGUGGUCGCACAGCGUGCCAGAAAUGGGCCACCACAAAUUCGAGUGAAGGUGCCCUUCACGAAGUCUGAUAAUGUGUUGCUUAUUGGCGAAGGGGACUUCUCAUUCUCUUUAUCUCUAAAACUCCAUCACCGGGUCAAUCAGAUCACAACGACGUGUUACGACUCUAAGGAGACCCUCGAAAGCAAAUACGUGGACGUGCGGAAGACCAUUGGGCAGCUGGAAGUCUUGAAUGACGAAGUGAGACUCACGUCGCUCACGACCUCACCAGAAAAGCAUAGUGGGCAGUCUUGCAAUGAGGACAUCUCUGUGUGGGAAGGCCUCUCGCCAUCACCACCAGCUUCUCGCGCUGUAGAAGGCGAUGAACAGCAAGAAGGCCUUUCGAACAUAGCCAAAGUGAACAUUCUCUAUGGUAUUGAUGCAACGAAACUCUCUUCGGCGCACAAGAAGCUUCUACGACCCUACACUCCGUUCAAUAAAAUCGUCUUCAACUUUCCGCAUGUUGGAGGUAUGAGCACAGAUGUCAACAGGCAAGUGCGUUACAACCAAGAACUAUUGGUUGGGUUCUUCAAGAGUGCGAAGGAGCUGCUUUCAACACCCAACCGACCAGCCAAGAUCAUAGCCUCGGAAGAGGACGAGUUUGACGACUAUGAUGAGUGGUCGGAAGACAUUCAAGCUGCCGGAGCCGUCAAUGGCCAAAUACUGGUCACGAUAUUCGAAGGAGAGCCGUAUACACUAUGGAAUGUUCGGGAUCUUGCAAGGCAUUCUGGAUUGAAGGUCGUGGAAAGCUUCAAAUUUCCCUGGUCGGCUUACCCCGGCUAUAGCCAUGCAAGGACUGUGGGAGAUAUCAUCACUGGUAAGGACAGAAGCGACGAAGGAAAGAGGAAGGGCGCUUGGAGAGGCGAGGAGCGUGAUGCAAGAUGUUAUGUGCUAGAAGACCAGAAUGCAGCCCCAAGUUCGCAGUACUCGAGCAAACGGAAAAAGGGGCGCGACAGUGACGAUGAAGAUAGCGACUGAAGUCACCUGUGAUACGAAGCUGUAUGGAAGAUGCCACUCAAGGGUGUACUCGUACCAACCUGCUAAGCAGCCAAAAGGAAUUGCUUCACGUACACAGUAGACGAUAAUUAGCGCCAAGGCUGCCGAUGCAUCUAAAACUCGGUCC